CUCCAUCAUUUUUGUUCUUUUUAACAUAUUUUCCCCUACUGGUUCUGAGGCCUUCCUCAGAUUAUGUUUUCCUUAAAUUUCCUCCUCACCAUGACUUUCCGUCGGGGAAUUAUACUCUUAUUCCUGUUAAAUUUUAUUAUGUUAUUUUUCUUUCUGUUUCUUUCUUUAAAUGAUCACUCCAUCUCCAUCUCACAUUCCCCUACUUCUAAGAGGGAAAAAAUACACCUCCUUAUUGUCUCUUCCUGGCGUUCUGGUUCUUCAUUCUUAGGACAGAUCUUCAAUCAGCACAAUGAUGUCUUUUAUUUAUAUGAACCUGGGCAUCCCAUCUGGAUGAGAUUAAAGCAAGAGUCGGCUGAGCUACUUCAGUAUACUGUCAGGGACCUGCUGCGAUCACUCUUUAACUGUAAUGUAUCUCCUCUCCACCCAUAUCUCCCCAGUAGGGUGCAGCGUAUCUCGCACAUAGACUUCUUUUCUGAGAGUCGAGCACUCUGCUCCCCUCCCGCUUGCUCAUCUUUAAUUCAUUUAGAGAGCUAUGACCAAACAACGUGCUAUUAUCGUUGUGGGAAUGCUUCCCUAGACAAGAUGGAAGAGUCAUGUAGGUCUUACAGUCAUGUGGUGAUAAAAACUGUGAGGGUCUUCGAUUUUUCUGUCCUUCUGCCUCUCCUCCAGGACCCUACAUUGAACUUGAAGAUCCUACAUCUGGUGAGAGACCCAAGAGCCGUGGCUGCAUCAAGGAAAAAAGGAAAAUAUUAUCUCAGUAUAGAUGACAAUAUUGUCAUUAAAGAUGGAAUGGAUGGAAAGAAACUCAGCCAGGAUCAAGUCAUGAUGAAGAUCUGCAAAAGCCAGGUUGCCAUCUACAAGGAAGCCAAGUCAUCUGGAAUGUUCAGUCGGGGGCGUUAUAUGCUCAUACGCCAUGAAGAUCUUGCAAUGGAACCUUUGGCAAAUGCCAAAAGACUUUUAAAGUAUGCAGGUCUUCAUUUGACAUCAGAUCUGGAGAAAUGGAUAUAUAACGUGACCCAUCAUGAUAUAAAACAACUUAAUGAUUUUUUGUCAUUCUCCAGGGAGGCUGCUAAAGUCAUUCAGAAGUGGAGGGGUGAACUGGAUUUUAAGAUGGUAAAAAAUAUUGAAAAAUAUUGCAAGGGGGCAAUGAAGGCCUUUGGUUACUUGCCUUUGAACUCAGAGAAAGAAAUGAAAAACCUGACUUUGAAUUUGAUAACAAAUAUUAAGGAAGAACCCCUUUAAAAUGUUGGAGAAGUACAAAAAGCAGCUGAGAAAAAAACAUAUUGCACAAUUUUUUCAAACAUUUUAGAAAUGGAUGAAAAAACACAUCAUGUCAAAAUUUUAUCUCGUGUCAAGAAAUGGCUGAAUUAUUUGUGAUGGUAGCAAAUAUACUAAGGCAACGUAUGGUGGUUAUGUAUAAUGAGCAAUCCUGUGGUAAAUUUUCUAGAAAUUGAGUAAGCACUAUCUGAACUGCUGCAAUGUUGCUUCACAUCUCCUGAAAACAAGCCCUAGCUUAUUUGGGAGAGGCGGAGGGGGGAGAGGGGGCGCUCCUAAAAUAAGCUCUACCCUGAAAAUAAGCCGUAGUCGCUAUUCACAAGUUUGCUAACCUAUGUUCGGGGAAGUUUCCCUGAACACAGAUUCACAUGAUUCUAUGCGCUAGUAAGCUAAUCUAUGUCCGGGUAAGUUUCCUCGCCCAUAGAUUCGCAGGAUUCCAUGCACUAGUAAACUGGUCUAUGUUCGGGGAAUUCCCCUGAAUGUAAACCCUCCUUCUAGCACACGCUUGCCUCGAAAUAAGGCAUCCCCAAAAAAUAAGCCCUAGUGGAUUUUUUCAGGGGAAAAUGAAUAUAAGACCCUGUCUUAUUUUCAGGGAAAGACGGUGAAAUGUAGUAUAAUCUAUCAAAAUUGGUAAAAGGGGGCAGGGAGGGGUGCUAUUUUGUAGUGGUUUGACAAAAAAAACAGGACUUUUUCUAUAACCCAUAGCCCUUACCCUCUGCAGCAGCAUUGCUAAUACACAAAUUUCACUUUAUCAAGUACAACCCAUGCAUUAAGUAUGAGUAGUCCAGAGUCUAACCAUGUGUAGGCCACCAUCCACAGUGUUAAACAAGCUUCCAGUGGUCCCAGCAGUUACAGUGAAUAUUUAGAUGCCAAAAUAUUGAGUUGCAGCAUUCCAGGACUGAGUUCAUUUGUUCGUAAUAACAUUAGAUUAAACAUUUAACUUGCUCUGUGCAGCUAUUGUUAUUAUAGCUUGUUAACCAAGUGUCUAUGUUUAAUAUAUAUGAUGUUCCAUUAACAUCUCAAUAAUAUUGGUUAUUUAUGGUUGAGUGUUCAGAAAUAAUUACUGAACAGAAAUGGCUAUUUAUGUAUUUUGUACAUACGUUAAUACAUUGUUUGUAAUUUGGGUAAGUUUGUAAAUGUAUAAUAUUUAAAGUAUUUAUUGCUUGUAAUUACAUUGUUACACAGUUUACAAAGUUACAUAGCUGAAAAGAGACUUGCGUCCAUCAAGUUCAGCCUACCUCACAUUUGUUUUUUGCUGUUGAUCCAAAAGAAGUAAAAUAAAAUUAUCUUUUAGAAAACAUAGGUAUAAACAGUUUGUACAAAAAAAAAACCAAUGUGUGUUUAUGUAGUAUUAGGAUAACUGUUUCCACUACAUACAGUGUGUGUUUGUGUGUGCGCGUGCUUGCAUGUGUAUAGAAAUACCAAUCAAUUACCCACGAUACCUCACAACUGCAAAGCCUGCACUCAUUGGGGCAUCUGACUGCCUACAUUUUAUUGAUGAUUUCUUUAAAUACAAGGGAAAUGAAUAUAAUUUCCAGAAUUUUGAUCUUAAAAUUGCCUUAAAUCCCCUCUUACCCUUAAAUAUCUUUUGGGAGGGCAUUUAAGGGGAUUUGUUUCAUUCAUUCAUUUUCACCUGGAUGAAGACUCAGGUCAAAAUGUGUGCUUGUGUUGAAUGAUUUUAAAUAUAGUCUUAAGAUUUUAUAUAUAUUUUUUUUUAUACUUCAUUUUAACCAACUACUGCCUGUGUCUUACCUCAUGACCUACGUUGGAAUAGUAAGGGAAAAUUCAGAAGACACAGAUGAGAAUACUGAUCAGUUCUACACAUUUUUGGUUGAUUGAGAUACUGGCAAUCCACUACUCUCAAACAGAGUAAUAUUGC